CUUGGCGUCUUCAUCCUUUCAGGCUUACAAACAACAGGGCAUCUGCCUGUUCCUCUUCUCUCCCAGCACAGAACCUCAUUGGGUUGCUGAGAGAGUCCAGGGAGGCACUGGGUCUCAGGGAGCCAUUCUUGACUCUGGAUUUGCUAUCCAGGCCGCAGGGAUGCAGGCUGCUGGGACCUGGCCGCCCCUUCUGUUGCUGCUUCUGCUCCUGCUGCUGCCUAGCUCCGAGGGCCAGGACUCGGCUCGGAACUGCAGCCUGCCCUUGGGCCCCAAGAACUGCAGCUGUCAGUCUACCUGGGAGCUCCAAAGCUGCUCGGACGAGCUAACCUGCAUCGACCACUCCGGCAACAACGUCAACGUAACCUCUUACUACCAGCGACAUUGCGAACCGCGCGGCGAGCCGCCCGUGGGGAUCAUCGUGGGCGUCACCAUGGGGCUGGCGCUGCUGCUGCUAGCCGGGGGCGCCGUGGGGACGGUCCUGAGGAUCCGCAGGAAACGGGGGUCGGCGGCCCCCGAACCCUGUCCGUGGAAGCCUUCGGAGAGCAGCGCGAGCUCGGCCUCAGUCUUGCAACCUCGUUAUAGCAGCCGGAGCCUCACUACCCCCUCUGCUAGUCCAGACCCAACUAGCCCUGCAGCUCUGCUCUAUGAGAACUUGUUUCUGGACUCCCAGCCCCGCAGCCAGAAUUCGGACCCCAGUCACAGUCGAGGGGCUUCCCCAGAGCCUGAGGACCUCUAUAUGAACUACGAGGGCAGCUCCAGGUCUGAGCAACCCAUCUAUGGCAAUGUGGAUAAUGUGACCUGCAUCCCAGACCGACAAAUGGCCCCUCAGCCUGGGGCCGAGGAUGAAGAUGACUAUGUGGUGCCGGGAUGCUGAAUUCAUCAGACUGGCAAACCUGGACCUGAAGACCCAGGACCAGCACCUUUAUCUCACCAGACUUUAUGCAAUUGAGCCAGCCAGUUGGUUAUGCCCAAGACUCCAGGCAGGCAGGAACUGAAGAGAGUUUGGGCAGCUCCGAAAAUGUAAUAAAGCAAUUCGCUAUAGGCUGAAACGUCUCUGCCCUUCCCCACCCCAUCUUCCUUCCUUAUUUCUCCAGGGUCCAAUUCUGACCACCAGAGCUGCUCUCUGUCCCUUUCCUACAACAGAGUAGAGCUAACCAAACCGGAAGUUACCCCUCCCCCUUUGCUGGG